AUGAAGUGGAUACUGUUCUUUGGGGACCUUAUUGGGUCCAGCAUCUGUGGCCAAGAAAAGUUUUUUGGGUUUGGUGGAGCUUUCUCGUCAGCAUUUGGCAUAUGGAGAUUUGAUAGGUCUUGCCUAGCUGAAACUAUGAAAAGUGACAGGCAAGGAUACACCUUUCAGAUUUACCAUGAGAAAGACAGCAUUGCCAGAGAUUUUCCUGACUUGGCAAACAGGGUGAAGAUUGGGCAUUUAUUUGAAAACCGGUCAGUGUAUGUACUGAAGUUCAGCACUGGAGAAGGCAGGCGGCAGCUGACCAUUUGGCUGAAUUCAGGUAUCCAUUCCCAGGAGUGGAUCUCGCAGGCCACGGUGAUCUGGACCGCAAGGAAGACUGUAUCUGAUUAUGGGAAGGAUCCAGCCAUCAACUCCAUCUUGGAGAAAAUGGAUAUUUUCUUGUUGACUGUGGCCAAUCCUGAUGGAUAUGUAUACACACAAACUCAGAACCAAUUAUGGAGGAAGACACGGUCUCUAAAUCCUGGAAGCUCCUGCGUUGGUACUGAUCCAAAUAGAAAUUGGAAUGUUAGUUUUGCAGGAGAGGGAGCCAGUGACAACCCUUGUUCCGAAGUAUACCAUGGAGCCCACGCCAGUUCAGAAGUGGAGGUGAAACUGGUGGUAGAUUUCAUCCAGGAACGUGGGAAUUUCACAUGCUUCAUCGACCUGCACAGCUAUGCACAGCUGCUGACGUAUCCAUGUGGGUACAUGGUCAAAAAGGCCCCGGAUGCUGAUGAGCUGGAUGAGGUGGCAAGGUGUGUAGCCAAAGCUCUGGCUUCCCUGUCGGACACUGUGUACCAAGUGUGUCCUACCUGCACCACUGUCUAUCCAGCUAGUGGCAGCAGUGUUGACUGCGCAUAUGAUAAUGGCAUCAAGUAUGCAUUCACUUUUGAGUUGAGAGAUAUUGGGCACUAUGGCUUCUUCCUGCCAGCCAACCAGAUCAUCCCCACUGCAGAGGAGACCUGGCUGGGGCUGAAGACCAUCAUGGAGCAUGUGCGGGACAACCUCUCCUAG